AUGGCCACCACUACCGACGUCGAGCUACGCACAGUCUUGAGCACGAAGCCGCAGAGCCCUGUGGAUGCACGAGGUCAGGAUAGAGCCUCGACCUCCUGGGCACCUGCUGCGGUUGAACGGUGCUCGGGCUCAGCAGAGGAGGCACCCACGAAUGCUGCCACGGCGAUCCCCGAGGGCGGCUACGGCUGGACCGUUGUGUCGGUCUGUGCCGUCUUGACAUUCUGGUUCAAUGGCAUCUCCGGCAGCUGGGGGGUGAUCCAGGCGGCGCUGUUGCAGUCGCAGCUCGCCGACACGCCGACGUCGACCAUAUCCUUUGUCGGGACCUUGGGACUCGCCUGCGUCGUGGCCUUUGGACUCUUCGGGGUGCGUCUGGUCCGCCUCCUGGGCGCGCGCGUGACGGCUCUCCUCGGUGUCGUCCUGGUGUCGUUAGGCGAGAUCUGUUCGUCCUUCACCACCUCGAACGUGGGCGGUCUGUUUGGGUGCUCGGGCGUGCUGUUUGGGUUGGGUGCCUGUCUGUGCUAUUCCAUUUCCAAUACGCUCCCGACGCAAUACUUCGCGGCCAGACUGGGCCUCGCCUCUGGUCUGGUCAAAUUCGGCGGUGGCGUCGGUGCGGCCAUUCUCGCUGUUGCGGUCGAUGCCCUGAUUCGCCACGUGGGCAUCCCGUGGACGUUCCGGAUCUUGGGGCUUUGUUCGCUGGCCACGAGCGGACCGGCGGUGCUGUUCAUCCACGAGCGCGCCCCACUGGGGAGUGUCCCAUUCCUCGACCUGUCCCUGUUCCGCAAUCUGCCGUUUACGGCCAUCUUCUGCGCCGGCGCCAUCGGGACGUUUGCGCUCUUCGUCCCGCCGUUCUUCCUGCCGCUGGUCGCGCAGAGCAUCGGCCUGAGCUCGUCGACGGGGGCUGGGUUAGUGGGUGCCUUCAACGCGUGCACCGCCGUUGGCCGCUUCGUGUCGGGCUGGCUCAGCGACCUCAUCGGGCCCGUGAACAUGUUCUUGCUGGCGAUGACCCUGAACGCCGUCAGCAUGCUAGCUAUCUGGCCCGUCUCCGACUCGUUGGCGCCCCUGGUGGUCUUUGCGAUGCUGAACGGCCUGGCCAAUGGCGGCUUCUUCACCUUGUAUCCUGUCGUGGUGGCCAGCACGGCUGCGCGUGUGGAGAAUAGCGAAUCCGGCCGGGUGGCGAUUGCCAUGGGCAUGGCGAUCUCGGGGUGGACGGGCGGAUACUUGAUGGGCGUACCCAUUGCAGGAUAUCUUCUCCAGGCCUCCGGGAUUGGGAGACGAGGAGGCGGACAGCACGCAAAGUCCGGUACCUCCAUCGACCCGUAUCGCCCGGCCAUCUUUUACGCCGGCGGCGUCGCCCUCGCGGCCGCCGGGUGCGUCUUGAUAGCGAGGUUGAAACUCGCGCGGGGCAUGAGGAAGCGGGUGUGA